CGGCAUGGCGGAUGGCGGAUGGCAAGCCUCUCUGCCGCGCUGUGCCUGAGCCGCUCCAAUUUGAAGCGGAAGAGAGGGCGCGAGCGGGGGCACAUCGGGAGUGCCGGCGGCGUAGCGAGAUGAAGGUCGCGUGGCCUCCUCGCUGAUAGCGCCUCGGCCAGGAGCAGCAAGCCUCUCGCCUCUCCCUGCUCUCUCACCACCACCUCCUCCCUUCAACACCUCACCCCAACAUCAUGCCGUCGCUGCUGCAGCGCUGGCCCGCCACGCGCGAUGCGCUCAACGACCGCGUGGCGCGCUCGGCCGUCGGCCACUGGUUCCGCCUCGAGGGCUGCGGGCACCCGCUGGAGCGGCCCGGCUCGCGCUUCACCACCGAGAUCCGCGCUGGGCUCGUCACGUUCGCCAGCGUCGUGUACAUCGUCGCGCUGAACCCCAGCAUCGUCUCCUCGACGGGCGGGCCCUGCGUUGCCGCCCCGGGCGUCAAUCGCGCCACGGACGAGGCGUACCAGAUCUGCGUGCAGGAGGUGCGGCAGGAGUACAUCAUCGUCACUGCGGCCCUCUCGACGCUGGCCACGGGCCUCAUCGGCAUCUUCGCCAACAUGCCGCUGGCGCUCAGCACGGGCCUGGGCGUAAACAGCUACUUUGCGAGCAUUGUGGGCCAGUAUGGUGUCGGAGGAAGCGUGACGUACGGACAGGCUUGCGGUGCCGUCUUUGUCGAGGGCCUGCUCUUCUUCUUCCUCAGCCUGAUUGGCCUCCGUCAAUGGCUCGCCCGACUCAUGCCCCGCUCGCUGACGAUUAGCGUCAGCGUGGCCAUCGGUCUGUUCCUGGCGCUCAUCGGCCUCGGUCCCGCUGGUCUGGGCGUCGUGGGCGGCGACUACAUUGAUCUCGUGGGGCUCGGCGGCUGCCUGCCCGAGUUUCAGGAUGCAAACGGCUACUGCGAGAGCCACGUGCUGCGCUCUCCGAAGAUGUGGGUCGGCAUCUUUGUCGGCGGCAUCUUUACCGCGCUGCUCUCCAUCUACCGUGUUCGCGGCGCAUUCCUCUGGCCCAUUCUCCUCGUCGCCAUCAUCUCCUGGCCGCGCAGCACGCCCGUCACGCUCUUCCCGCACACGGCGACGGGCGAUGCGGCGUUCGACUUCUUCAAGCAGGUGGCGCGUUGGACGCCGCUCGACAAGCUGGGCCCGCAGAACAUCGACUGGAGCGGCUUUGGCAACGGCCAGGUGUGGAUCGCGCUCAUCACGUUCCUCUACGUCGACGCGCUGGACACGACAGGCACGAUGACGGCCAUGUCUCGUGCUGCUGGCCUGUACAAUGAGGUGGCCGGCGACUUUGAGGGCAGCACGCCUGCGUUCCUGGCCGACUCGGGCUGCAUCAGCAUCGGUGCGCUGAUGGGCUCUUCGCCGUGCACUGCCUUUGUCGAGUCGGCCGCUGGCAUUGCCGAGGGAGGUCGUACGGGCAUCACCGCGUGCACCACUGCCUUCUGCUUCUUCUUGACGCUCUUCUUUGCGCCGAUCUUCAGCUCCAUCCCCAGCUGGGCGACGGGCUCGACCCUCGUCAUUGUCGGCUCGCUCAUGGCCGCCAACGCACGCACUAUCAACUGGGACUAUGCCGGCGAUGCCAUUCCUGCCUUCGUGACGAUCGUGCUCGUGCCGUUCACCUACAACAUCGCCUACGGCAUCAUCGGCGGCGCAUGCACCUUCAUCAUCCUGCACAACGUGCCCAAGAUGCUCGGACGCAUCCACCCGUCGCUCCUGCCGCCGGGCCACGACACGAUCAAGGAGCCCUACUCGCUCGGCAUGACGCUGUCGAGCGGCGGCAAUGGCCUCUCGGGCUGGCGCGCCUUUGUGCCGCCGUGGCUGCGCAAGGCACUUUCGGGCGAGCGCCACUUCUGGAAGCAGACGGACGAGGAGAUUCGCUCGACGCUUGAGGGGCGGCGCAUCACCGAUGCGCGCACCCAGGCGCGCGCCAGCCAGGCGGCGCGCGAGCGCGAGGAGAUGCGCGCGACGAUGACGCAGGGCCCGCAGGAGGGCGGCGCGUUCAAGGACCACGACCUCGAGGCGGGCCUGCGCAACGUCCGGAGCCGCAACGCGCCGCAGCAGCAGUCGCAGGCGCAGCACGACGAGAUUGAGAAGCUGCGCGACGAGGAGGAGCCGGCAUCGCCGGAUGCGUCGAGCAAGGGCGAGUAGCGGGAGAGGUUCCGGAGGCAGGCAGCAGGCGAGUCGGGCGCGGAGAGAGGGCGUGCUGCGAGGAGGAGGCAGCGGCUGUUGGCAAAUGGUCGGACGAGAACACUAGUCACCCUGAAUAGAUUCCUUAUCACCA